CAACAGCUGGACGCGGUGAAAUCACCGAGAAAAGUGAAUAGCAUCAUCAAAAUUUGUAUAGAAAAGCUCGAUUCUGAAUUAAAAUAAGCCCGAAAUAUCAGCAAUACAAUGAGCCGCCUCUAUGAUUCCAUUGAACCAGCAGUUAUUGAGGAAGGUAUGUUACUUCAAGCAGUUGAAGAACAAGGACCAAAAUAUGAGGCUGGAGAAAUUGUUAAAAAAGAGGGCAUUGAUUUUGAUUAUGUUCUGCAUCUCAGAUUAGAUUUCAAGAAUAUUCUGAAGAUUGACAACUUAUGGUGCUUCAUUAAACUGACCAAACUACAACUUGAUAAUAAUGUCAUUGAAAAAAUAGAAGGAUUGGAUCAACUUAUAAACCUUGUGUGGCUGGAUUUGUCCUUUAACAAUAUUGAAGAAAUUGAAGGGCUGGAUAACCUAACAAAAUUGACUGAUCUUUCUCUGUAUAAUAACAGAAUAUCAACCAUUGCAAACAUGGAUACUUUAAUGGACUUGGAAGUUCUUUCACUUGGAAAUAAUGAUAUUAAUGAUCUCCGAAUGAUCUUGUAUCUACGAAAAUUCAAAAAGCUAAAAAUGAUUAACUUAGCUGGUAAUCCCUUCUGUGAGAUGGAAGACUAUAAAACGACAGUUGUUGUUUAUCUCAACUGGGUGGAGUAUGUCGAUUAUGCCUUAGUCAAGGAAGAAUUUCGAGAAAAUGCUCUCAGGAAAAUGCAAACAUCUCUUGAUGCACUUGUUGAGUCUGAGAUGAAAAUCCAACAGAAAGAGGAAGAACAACGACUGAUGAGAGAAGAAUAUAAGAAAGAUAUGGAGGCAUAUGUAGAAAGCUUCAAAGAUGAUCUUCUUUAUAUAAGCUUGUAUGCAGAUGAUGUUGAAGGCAGGAAACUGAAUGACAUGCCUGGUAUUGCAGAUGAAAUGAUCUAUUUCAAAUCAAAAAUAUUAGCUGUGUCUAAUCAAAUCUUCAAUUUUGGCACUGUGGAACACAUCAGAAUAAAAGAUGAAGUGGAUACAUUUUGGCAAUGUGUAGAAGAUGCGAAAGCAGAGAACAAGGAAUUGUCUACUAAAGCUUUCAAUGAAUUCAUUGAGUACAAAGACAAGACGUUUGAGAACCUCACCUUUGUCACAGAAAUGUCAGAGUAUGAAAGCAAAAUGGCUGAAUUUCGCAAAAAACUUGAGGAACUGCAUGACAAACAGCUGACAUAUGAGAUGCAAUUGGUUGACCAGCUUGAGGAUGUAAUUAAAGAAUUUGAACACAAUCUUCGCGAUCUUGUUUCGGCAUUUACUGAAGGCUUCCAGGGUCUUCUAGCUAACUGCCGGGACCUUGAAAGUCAGCACCACGAGAAAGUGAUGGAAGUUGCAUUGAUAAACGUAGAAACCGCACACAAGAACGAGGUUGAGGAUGUGUCAGAAGAUUUAAGAAAUUUAUUUAUGGAUAAAGAUACGCUGGUGAAUGCGGUGACGACAUCCCACGAGGCUCACUUACUAAAGAUCGACCACGAAGAAGACAAAAUGUCCCAACGAAUUAAGUUGUGGAUAAAGAAUUUGCUUAAGCGAAUCCACGACGAAGAAGAAGUCCAACGGAAUCGUGAUCGCAUCAUUGAAAUCACUAACAUGAUCGAUCAUUUACGAGAAGCCAUUGAUAACUUGGAAGGAACAGUGGGCUAGAAAUACUCAUAGAGGAUAAACAACUGCGUCGCUUUAUCGUCAUACAUAGCCAUAUAAUUUUGAUAAAAAGAUAGCAAUUUUUUUUUAAUAUUUCA